CCGAUCUCCAGUACAAUCGAGCGCUACGGUUCGUGCGUACACAACUCGAAAACUCAAUAUGCGCGACGCGACGCGAUUGUAAGACGAAAGAUGUUUUUAAAAACUCAUUAGUGAAAUAAUGUUAAACAGUUAAUGAAUAAACGUUAUUAUAUAUCGUGUAAGUGUAGACGUGAGUGUAUUCGUUUUUCACCCGGUCGCCGGCGACGCGGCACGCGACGGUAAAAAAAAGCAACCAAUGUCAGCUCAGUGGAUUGUUGGUAUAAACCAGUGUUGUGUAGUUUAAAAUAGUUAAAUGGAUACACGCCGGGCAAUGUUCGUAUGAGGAAGAAAGGCAACCGAAACAUUAUGUCGGUGGGCCUACAGCGGCGUGUGCCCGCGCUGGACGAGGCCGGGGGCCCGGGGUGGAAGUCCAGCGAGCCGUUCCCCUCCUUCGCGCCCCCAGCGGGCUCCCCCGCGGGGCCGGCCUUCGCCGCCUCCCCCGCGCCCUCCACACCCGGCCCGGGGCCCGGCUUCGCGGGGCCCUACGCGGCGGCCGGGCCCUUUGGGAGUCCGUCGGCCCGGCCGGGCUCCGGCGGGGGCUUCCCUCCCGGCCAGUUCCCUGGGCCGGGCUUUGCGCCCCCCGGCUCGCCCUUCCACCCCCACCCGCCACAUGCGAUGCCACCGCAUCCGCACAUGAUGGCUCCGCUACCGCCACCUGUUGACAGGAGGCAUGCACCGUACUUCGGACAGCCAGACUACAGAGUAUAUGAACUCAACAAAAGAUUACAACAGAGGACAGAGGACUCUGAUAAUUUAUGGUGGGACGCGUUCGCGACGGAAUUCUUUGAAGACGACGCGACGCUCACACUUACCUUCUGUUUAGAAGAUGGACCCAAACGAUACACAAUAGGAAGGACGCUCAUACCGCGAUACUUCCGUAGUAUAUACGAGGGUGGCGUGUCAGAGUUGUACUACACAAUGAGACAGCCCAAGGAGUCGUUUCACAAUACCAGCAUCACAUUAGACUGCGAUCAUUGUACUAUGGUCACGCAUCACGGGAAACCGAUGUUCACAAAGGUGUGUACAGAAGGUCGGCUAAUCCUCGAGUUCACAUUCGACGAUCUAAUGCGUAUAAAAUCGUGGCAUAUGGCGGUACGCGCCCACCGUGAGCUGAUCCCGCGACAGGCGGUCCAUCCGCCGGACCACGCCUCGCUGGACCAGCUCGCGAAGAACAUUACCCGCCAGGGAAUCACUAACUCAACGCUCAACUAUUUGAGGUUGUGCGUCAUACUAGAACCAAUGCAAGAGUUAAUGUCGAGGCACAAAGCGUACGCGCUAUCUCCACGGGACUGCCUCAAGACGACGCUCUUCCAGAAGUGGCAGCGGAUGGUCGCGCCGCCAGGUAAGGCCACACAGUCUCAACGUCCGGCGAGCAAGCGUCGUAAGCGCAAAGGUAGCGCCGGCGCAAAUGCCGCACCCCCCGCACCCGCUAAGAAACGAUCACCUGGACCCAACUUCAGUCUUGCCUCACAGGAUGUGAUGGUAGUCGGCGAGCCGUCACUAAUGGGAGGUGAAUUUGGCGACGAAGAUGAACGACUGAUUACGAGACUCGAGAACACGCAAUACGAAGGCGAUGGCGUCGAAUGGAGCAACCCUCCCCCCGCUUCCCCCGCCAAGACGCCCCCUGGCAACCACUGACGUCACUGGCCCUAGUGGCCCUAGCUGAAUCGCCCGGCGCUGUCGAUAUAAAUAAAUAAUAUAGGCCUUUACGGAUA